GACCUGAGAAAAUAUUCAUGAUGUUGAUGUCAGAGAAAAGGGGCGUGUUGCCUCCCCAUCGGGGAAUCGAACCCCGGUCUCCCGCGUGACAGGCAGGGAUACUCACCACUAUACUAACGAGGACGGCAUGGUAACAUUUGAACAGAGUCCUGAAGGAGGUGAUGGAGCAACAGCAUCUGGGGGAGGAUGGUCCAGGCAGAGUACGGUCCAGGGCAAAGGCCCUGAGGUGGGAGUGGCUGUGUGUGUUCACAGCCCAGGGAGGAAGGUGGAGCGCUGGGAGCAGGGUGGGCGAGAGGGUGGUGGGAGGAGGAGGAGAGGAGAGAGGAGUGGAUCCUGGGGGCUUGAGCUCUUUUUCUUCUGUGUGUUUGUAGUAAAACAUAUGUAACAUAAAAGUGACCAUUUUAAGUGCAUCGUUCAGUGGCAUCAAGUCCAUUCACAUAGUCCUGCAACCAUCAGUACCAUCCAUCUCCAGAACUUUCUUCGCCAAGUGAAACUCUGCACCUGUUUGAUACGGGCUGAACUGUGCUCCCCACCCUCCAAAAUUCAUAUGAUGGAGUCCUAAUUGCUAGCAACUCAGAACUGAUAGUAUAUGGAGACAGUCUUUCAAGAGGUAAUUAAGUUCAAAUGAGGUCAUUAUUUCAUAAUCCAACAUGACUGUGUCCUUAUAAGAAGAGAUGAAGGCACAGACACACACAGAAGGAAGCCCCUGUAUGGACAGCAGAGGAGGAAGACGGCUGUCCACAGCCAGAGAGGGAGGCCUCGGAAGAAACACACCCUUCCUACACCUUGACCUCGGACACCUAGCCUCCAAAAUUGUGAGAAAACAAAGUUGUGUUGUUUAAGCCACUCACGGUACUUUAUUAUGGCUGCCCUAGCACAUGAGCACACCAUCAAAUACUAGCUUCCAUUCCCCUCCCCCUAGUCCCUGGAAAUGACCAUUGUACCUCCUGUCUCUAGGAAUCCGAUUGCUCUAGGACCUCAUAUGAGUGGAAUCAUACAGUGUUUAUCCUUUUGUGUCUGGCUUCUUUCACUUAACAUGCCUAUAAUUUCACUAUAAAGCCUUCGAGAGGCCUCCAUGUUGUAGCCUGUGUCAGAAUCGCCCUGCUUUGUAAGGCUGAGUACUAUUCCAUUGUAUGUACAUACACAUUCUGUUUAUCCAUCUAUCCACUGAUGGAUAUGGGGGUUUCCAUCUUUUGCAUAUUGAACGAAUGUUGGCGGACAGUAUCUGCUCCAGCCUGUGCCUUCACUUCUCUUGGGAAUAUGCCCAGAAGUGGAAUUGCUGGGUCAUAUGUUAAUUCUGUGUUUAACUUUCUGAGGAACUGCUAUACAGGACACUGGAACUUGCACUGAACAAGGGGUGAUCGUUGGAGGGUUUCAGGUGGGGAAGUGAUACAGUCUGACCUACAUCUCCCAGCAUCAGGCUGGCAGGAGGGAAGGGGAAGGAGUGGGAGACUAGCCAGGAAGCCACCACAAGGUCCCAGCUUAGACUGGGGUAGCCGCAGGGGAGGCAGAAGUGGUCCAUUCCUAGCUGUGAUGGAUUGUUUGUGGGAGGGAGGAGAAAGACUGUCAGCAACUCGAAGAUGGAGGUGCCAUCUACAGAGAUGGCGAAGACUUGAGACCAGCAGGUUUGGGGGAAGAUUAGAGGUUCCUCCUGGCCAUUUCAAGUCUGAGCUGUUUACUAGUGACAAUAUGAGCGAUGAUGUUGUCAGCUCGUCCUCUGAGCUCUAAACCCUUCCUCUGGCCCUUUUCCGCUGGCACUGCGGCACUUCCAGCCUCCAAGCACACCGGGAACCUCCAGAGGCCUCCAAGCUUCUGAGAGCCUCCCGCAUCUGCAGCUUAGACCUUACACCUCCCAGCCUUGCCUGCUCUUUGAGUCAUAGUUGAGAGAGCGCUUUUCCUGGGUGUGAGCAGCACCUUGGGGCAGGAGGCCACCUCCCAGCUCUUGAAGAACACACUCCUUCAGCCUGGAGUAAGCUGCCGUGAGACCCUGCCUGCCGCUGGUGCAGCCCCGGCUCUGCGAUCAGAGCCCUUGGCCUUGUUAUGCCGUGGGGUUCUGUUCCCCACCCUCAACAACUGGCCAUGAAUCAAGGGCCCCCUCUCAGCUGAGAGUGACCUCUGGAAAGCCAGAAAGUUACCUUUUUCUGUAGCAGCUUCAAGAGCAUCCCAGCCCUGACCCCCCAGUGGGAGCAGAGGGGGCUAUGAGAGGAGUUGUCAGAUGAUGUGAAACCUGGGUGUCUGCAGAUGCUGACGACAGUGAGAGUGAUGGACACAGCUGCUCCAAUGAUGUUACAGAAGGGGAAACAGAGGCUGGGAGAGAGCAGGGGAAGAUGCAGUGGCCACAGCCGCUUGAUGGUCGAAUCAGGUCUAGAUCCCAGCUUUCCUGGUUUUCCAGUGGCAGCCCCCUCCACUGAGCUGCCUUUUGACUUCACACAGGCAUUGGGGGCACUAAACGAGGCACAGAGGAACUUCAAAUUCAGGGUCCCGCUGAGGCUCUGGAUGGUGGGUUCUCCCGGCAGAGCGCAACUUCCUGGUUCACCCAGCCACUUUCAUGUGUGUUUAUUCAGCAAAUUCAAUUUCUAACAACUGACCUGCCAAAUCCCUGCUGGGUACUGGGUUCCAGUUUUGAGCGCGGACCGCCAAACAGUAAGUGGGGGAGGGGCAGGAGGUCCUGAUUCUGCAGGAGGAGCCAGCCUCCCUUUCCCUCCACAGACAGCCCUUCCCACACCUUAAGGUCAUUGUCCUCUUGAGCGGGCAUCUCCCCAUCUCCCUCCACGUCCCCCAUCUCCUCGCCCUCGUCCACUGCCCCUCACCACAUGCCCUGCAGCGUCUGCUACCUGGUGACCCUGUUUCCGGGGCUGGGGCCCCACGGUCUCCACCCAGCAGCUGCCGUGAUCCUUCUAACAGCUGAGUGGGCCUGCUUGCAGACCGCCCGGGUUCACGCGGCUUCUUGAAAGGAAGCCCAGCUCCCUGGCCUGCCCGCUUCUCGCCCUGCUGGCUCUGCUCGAGGCUGAGCCCCGCGAAGGCUUUUCCUCCUGCGGUCCCCCUGCCCUUUCAACCUGGGAGAGCUGUCUCCAGUCACUCAGAUCCCGGGAGGUCUUUCCUCGGAGGAAUAGCCCCUGCCGCUGAGGAUGGGAGUGGUGAGCAGCAAAAGGCAGGUCAAGGAGAAGGGUAAGGACGGAUGGAGCCCUGUAAAGGCCAGCACCUACAGCAAAGAGCCCCCACCGCUGCCGCCCCUGGUCGUGUUUAAUCACCUGGCUCCCCCACCUCCCAACACCACGCACCCGGACCAAGAGGAGCACUUCGUGGUAGCCCUGUAUAACUACAAUGCCAUGAACGACCGGGACCUGCAGAUGCUGAAGGGGGAGAAGCUGCAGAUCCUGAAGGAAGCUGGAGACUGGUGGCUGGCCAAGUCUCUCACCACAGGAAGAGAAGGCUACGUGCCCAGCAAUUUUGUGGCCCGAGUGGAGACCCUGGAAGUGGAAAAGUGGUUCUUUAGAUCAAUUUGCCGGAGAGAUGCCGAGAGGCAGCUUCUGGCUCCAGUCAAUAAGGUCGGCUCCUUUCUUAUUAGAGAGAGUGAAACCAGCAAAGGUACCUUUUCUCUGUCUGUGAAGGAUGUGACCAGCCAGGGGGAGGUGAUCAAACACUAUAAGAUCCGUUCCCUGGAUGAAGGCGGCUAUUACAUCUCCCCCCGAAACACGUUCCCGACUCUGCAGGCUUUGGUGCAGCACUAUUCUAAGAAAGGGGAUGGUUUAUGCCAGAGGCUGACCCAACCCUGCGUGAGCCUUGCUCCCCAGAACCCCUGGGCCCAGGACGAAUGGGAAAUCCCCCGGCAGUCCCUCAAGCUGGUCAGGAAACUCGGGUCUGGGCAGUUUGGCGAAGUCUGGAUGGGUUAUUACAAAAACAACAUCAAGGUGGCCAUCAAGACCUUGAAGGAGGGAACCAUGUCUCCAGAGGCCUUCCUGGGUGAGGCCAACCUGAUGAAAACUCUCCAGCACGAGAGGCUGGUCCGUCUCUACGCUGUGGUCACCAAGGAGCCCAUCUACAUUGUGACCGAGUACAUGGCCAGAGGGUGCUUGCUGGAUUUCUUGAAGACGGAUGAAGGUAGCCGAUUGUCCCUCCCCAGGCUGAUUGACAUGUCGGCCCAGAUUGCUGAAGGGAUGGCGUAUAUCGAGCAGAUGAACUCCAUCCACCGGGACCUGAGGGCAGCCAACAUCCUGGUGUCUGAGACCCUGUGCUGCAAAAUUGGGGACUUUGGCUUGGCCCGGAUCAUUGACAGUGAAUACACAGCCCAAGAGGGGGCCAAGUUCCCCAUCAAGUGGACUGCCCCAGAGGCCAUCCAUUUUGGGGUGUUCACCAUCAAAGCGGAUGUGUGGUCCUUUGGAAUCCUCCUGAUGGAAAUGGUCACUUACGGGCGUGUGCCCUACCCAGGAAUGAGCAACCCCGAGGUCAUCCGCAACCUAGAGCGCGGAUAUCGCAUGCCGCGCCCGGACUCUUGCCCGCCCGAGCUGUACAACGGGGUCAUCGCCGAGUGCUGGCGGAGCCGUCCCGAGGAGCGGCCCACCUUCGAGUUCCUGCAGUCUGUGCUCGAGGACUUCCACACGGCCACCGAGGCCCAAUACGAGCUGCAGCCCUAGGCCUGCCUGCCCGCGCCUGCGCAACCCAGGAGGCCUGCCCAGCCCGCGCUUCUUCAGCCCCAGAUGGGCGGGAAAGGCGGGGAGGGGUUGACAGGCCCAUUUCUCAGAUGGGGAAACCAGAGGUAGAGCGGCUUGGGGGGGGGCGUCAAGGUUUGGAUUCUGGAGUGAAUCCCAUCGCAGCCCCACCCUUCUCCCGCUGUGUGCCCCUGGGAGAGUUACUUAGCCUCUCUGUGCCUUCGCUUCUUCAUUGGUUCAGUGGGAAGAACCACAAUAGUACCUACCUCUUAAGUUCCUCAUGAUGAUGACCUGGUAAGGUGUUAAUAGUGCCCGGCACACUCCUAAGUGUUUGUCACCUGUCCUAUAAGGCUCCCUGUGCUGGCACCAAAAGCAAAAAGAGUCGGCUUCAGGUGACCUGAGUCCCUGGGCUCCCACUUGACCCAGACUGUGCGCCAGCACUUUGGGACUUUCCUGUAAUAAAGUCAGGAGAUCUGA